AUGGCAGAUUCAGAUUCGAAUGUUUCUGAGAUGGAAGGAUCCAUUAGUAGCGGGGAAGUGUGGUCAACACUUUCAGAGGAUUGGGAGAUCAGCUCUGAGGAGACUGACCCAGAGGAGGUUUUUGGGGAGAGAGUGGAUUACUCCCCGAUUGGCCAUCAUACCCAUGGGCGAUUGGCAAAGAGGGACGAGGAGGAGGACCCGAUAGAGGAGGACCGCGAGGAGGAGGACCCGAUAGAGGAGGACCGCGAGGAGGAGGACCCGAUAGAGGAGGAUCCCGAGGAGGAGGACCCAGAGGAGGACCCCGAGGAUCCUAUGGAUGAUGAGGAGCCCAUGGAGUGGGAAUUUGAGGUGGCACCAGAGCCUCUACUUGGUGAGAUCCUAGAAGGAGUUCCACUUGGUUGGGACCUUGACCUAGAUGAGGAGGAUUGGGCAUGGGAGGAUGAGCCGAUGGUAGAGGAUCCUGCAGAGGAUGAUGAGCAGGAGGAGAUCAGCCUCGACGGUAGUGAACCACUGCCGACUGAGGCCUCUGAUACGGAAUCUACUUCUAGCAGCCCUUCCACCUCUUCCUAG